AUGGCUUUGUCAGUGGACUCAGCUUUGUAUCGUUGUCAGCGGCUGGCUGCCGAAGGAUCCAUCUGGACUCAGUCGGAAUCAACACCUCUGCUGUCUUCUGUCAAAAAGAGGCUGAGAUACAACUUGAACAAAUGGAGGAUUGUGUUUCCCAACAACAAGAGACUUCAAAAAGAUUGGGAGAAGGUUUCUAGGUUUUAUUCUGGAAAUGGGAUACAGACCACGAAAUACACCUUGCUCUCCUUUUUGCCCCGAAACCUCUUUGAACAGUUUCACAGGUUGGCUAAUCUCUAUUUCUUCUUCCUGGUCAUCCUAAACUGGUUCCCACAAGUGGAAGUUUUCCAUAGGGAGAUCACGAUGCUACCUUUGGGUGUGGUGCUGCUAGUAAUCAUGGUUAAGGAUGGCACUGAAGAUUUCAGGAGAUACAGAUUUGAUAAGGCGAUAAACUCCUCUAAAACCAAAGCAUAUGAUGAGAAAGAAAGUGACUAUGUUGAGACGUGCUGGAAAGAUGUGCAAGUGGGAGACUUUGUGCAGCUGCAAUGUAACGAGAUCAUCCCAGCUGAUAUCCUGUUACUGUACUCUUCCGAUCAGAAUGGGAUCUGUCACUUGGAGACUGCAAACCUCGAUGGGGAGACCAAUCUUAAACAAAGACAAGUUGUGAAAGGGUUCUCUAAUCAGAAUACUCCAUUUGAUCCAGAACUUUUCCAAAAUACCAUAGUCUGUGAAAAGCCAAAUAAUGAUCUCAAUAAAUUCAACGGUUUUGUGGAGCAGCCUGAUCACAAACGGAUUGGUUUUGGCAGUGAAAGCCUUUUGCUUCGUGGCUGUACAAUCAGAAAUACUGAGAUUGCAAUAGGAAUUGUCAUUUAUGCAGGUCAUGAAACCAAGGCCAUGCUGAAUAACAGUGGGCCUCGUUACAAACGCAGCAAGAUAGAACGGCGCAUGAACAUUGAUAUUUUCUUUUGUGUGGGGCUUCUGAUCAUCAUGUGUCUUAUCGGAGCACUAGGUCAUGGCAUUUGGAAUGGGAAUUUUUCAGAACGCCCACCAUACGAAGUCCCAGAUGCGAAUGGCAACUACCUUUCCUCAGCUCUUGCUGGUUUCUACAUGUUCUUGACAAUGAUAAUCCUGUUACAGAUUUUAAUCCCCAUUUCUCUCUACGUGUCCAUUGAGUUCGUCAAGCUGGGCCAAGUUUUCUUAAUUCACAAUGACAUCGAACUGUAUGAUGAAGAUGUAGAUUUGCCCAUACAGUGCCGAGCCCUAAAUAUCACUGAAGAUCUGGGGCAAAUCCAGUACAUCUUUUCAGAUAAAACUGGGACGCUAACAGAGAACAAGAUGGUGUUUCGGCGCUGUACUGUCGAUGGAAAUGAGUUUUCACAUCAGGAAAAUGCCAAACGCCUGGAGACCCAUAAGGAACUGGACUCAGACGAUGAAGACUGGGCAAGACAUCAGCAUUUCGCUCUUCCUGUUAUCAAGAUCGAGAAACCAGACACUUUAAAACAGAAAAACACUAAGCCCUUGAGGAGGUGCCAAAGUGCCCGGGCUCGUUUUCAGGGACAUUCAAGGAAGAAAUCAUUGGGGCGUUGUGACAGCCUUCAGUCUCAAGUGGCGUUCAGCAGUACCAUAGAAAAGGAUGUGACCCCUGAUAACAGGCUGUUGAUGAAAGUGAGAGAUGCUGCACUCCAGAUAGAGUCUUUGGCAUCAUUUCCAUCUGCAAAGGACACCUGCUCCACCACGUCCGUUACUGAUUUUUUUCUUGCACUGGCUAUCUGUAAUACUGUUGUGGUCUCCACAGCAACGGAGCCAAGGCAAAGGGUUACAGCGCCACCACUGAUGAAACCAUCAGGGAUCUCCUUGGAGAGGAUUCACCAGCUGCUCCAACGGCUAAAAUUAGCAAACCUUGGUCAAUCUUUCUCAUUGACUCAGUCCAGUUCAGACCUAGGAGCAAAUGUUAAUGCAAAGAACAGUAAAGAGAAUCCAGCUGCCACAGACUCCUGUAACAAAGAUGACAUUUCCACCCACACUUGCGCCAACUCAACAGAUGGUGACUACGAUGGUGAUGCUAGAGCAGAUGCAAUGCCCAGGAAAGGCAGCACAGAGAUGGGGGGCGCCUCCCUGGAUGAGGUGUUUGGGUCUGUUAGUCAAGGCCAUUUGCAGCCAGAAUUUUGUUACGAGGCUGAGAGCCCAGAUGAGGCAGCCCUUGUCCAUGCCGCCUGCGCUUACAGUUUCACUUUAAUGUCCAGGACCCCUGAGCAGGUAACUGUGAGGUUGCCACAAGGUACCCUCCUGACCUUUGACAUACUUUGCACCUUGGGUUUUGACUCAGUCAGGAAAAGGAUGUCUGUGGUGGUGAGGCACCCCUUUACCAAUGAGAUAAUUGUCUACACCAAGGGAGCUGACUCUGUCAUAAUGGAUUUACUGGAAGACCCUGCCAAAGCUGACAUUAAUAUGGGGAGGAAGCUGAGAAGAAUACAUGUUAAAACACAGAAACACCUGGACUGGUAUGCACGAUAUGGCCUGCGAACCCUGUGCAUAGCUAAGAAGGUUUUGAGUGAAGAUGACUUUCGGAAAUGGGCCAAUUUUCGUCGUGAGGCAGAGGCAGCGAUUGACAACAGAGAUGAGCUGCUAAUGGACACAGCACAGCAUCUGGAGACCAAACUCACCUUGCUAGGAGCAACAGGGAUUGAAGAUCGGCUGCAAGACGGAGUGCCCGAUACUAUUGCAGCUCUCCGAGAGGCUGGGAUACAAGUCUGGGUGCUGACUGGAGACAAGCAGGAAACAGCAGUUAAUAUUGCAUAUUCUUGUAAACUUCUGGACCAAAAAGACACUGUGUUUACCAUUAAUACUGAAAAUAAGGAAACCUGUGAAUCCCUCUUGGAUUUAACAUUGGAAGAAGUAAGGAAGAAUUCUAAUGUUGAAAGAACAAAAUGGAAAUUUUUUGGCAUUAGCCUGUCAUCAUCUUUACCAGCCUCUGUGGCCCCCAGUCCUGACAUUGGGCUGGUAGUUGAUGGGAAAACAUUGAACGUCAUUUUCCAAGGAAAGCUGGAAGAGAAGUUUCUGGAGCUGACCAAGUACUGUCGCUCAGUUUUGUGCUGCCGUGCCACUCCUUUGCAGAAGAGCAUGGUGGUCAAACUAGUGCGGAGACAAUUAAAAGUCAUGACACUGUCAAUAGGUGACGGUGCAAAUGAUGUGAGUAUGAUUCAAGCAGCUGAUGUUGGGAUUGGAAUUUCUGGCCAAGAAGGCAUGCAGGCUGUGAUGGCCAGUGACUUUGCAAUAUCUCGAUUUAAACAUCUCAAGAAGCUGCUUCUGGUCCAUGGACAUUGGUGCUACUCUCGCUUGGCAAAGAUGGUGAUUUACUUCUUCUACAAAAAUGUGAGCUACGUCAGCCUGCUCUUCUGGUACCAGUUCUUCUGUGGCUUCUCAGGGACCACUAUGAUAGAUUACUGGCAGAUGAUCUUCUUCAACCUCUUUUUCACCUCGAUGCCCCCCAUCCUUUUUGGAAUCCUGGAUAAAGAUGUAUCUGCAGAAACACUCCUAAGUUUGCCUGAACUAUACAAGAGUGGGCAAAAUUCAGAGACCUACAAGCUGUCAACUUUUAGUAUUGCCGUGUUGGAUGCCUUCUACCAGAGUCUCAUCUGCUUCUUUGUCCCUUAUUUGAUGUACAAGGACUCUGACAUUGAUGUCUUUACAUUUGGAACCCCCAUCAAUACCAUCUCUCUCUUCACAAUUCUCUUGCACCAAGCUCUAGAAAUGAAAACUUGGACAUGCUUCCAUUGGAUCACAAUGAUUGGAAGUGUUCUGCUUUACUUCACCUUCUCAACUAUCUACAAUGCUGUCUGCGUUGUUUGUAAUGAACCCACAAGCCCCUACUGGCUUAUGGAGGAUCAGCUGUCAGAUCCUAGCUUUUAUUUAGUGUGCUUCAUUACACCAGUCAUAGCACUUUUACCAAGGUAUCUUAUGUUGGCCGUGCGAGGAACCUUCAGAGCAUCUCCGAUUCUGAAAGCUCAGCAGCUGGAUAAGCUCCCUAAAGAGCAACGAGAGCUGGAAAUCCAGAGGUGGAGGUCAGGAAAACAAGCCGCCCCAAGCACACCUAUGGCAUCACCCAGCGAUGAGGUUGACCGAACCAACAGCAAUUUACAUGUGUCACAGUUUCUGGGCCAAGCAGCAGUUACACCCUAUGGAAAUAAUGAUACCCAGGGACUCUCCACUCCUGAAAUGAAUCACCUAAGGGACUGGAUACUAAAUGGAGAAGGUAAUUCUUCCACCAGGAGGUGGGCAGGGGAAGAAACUACUGCUGCCAACUCCUUAGCAAGACCCUGCCCUGGGCGAGAUCUACUUGAGCCCACUAGGAUAGCAUCUCCUGGGCCGUUCGCUAGCCAUCUGACAAGUGAUAACGCCGAAGAACUUACCCCUGGAAGCCAUCGGAGGUCUGUGAGCGCAGUGACACUGUAA